CGGCUGGCAGCAGUGCGUAGAGCUAGCGGGAGCUCCCAGCCGGCCCCAUGGUGCGGCACCUGGGUAGCGGCGGCGCUGCUGCUCCCCCCGUGGGAGGACUGGAGCCGGCGCCGCCGCGGAGCGAGGAGGAGGAUGCGGCGGGCGCGGGACAGCACCGCCAGUGCCAGGCGGGCGCCCAGGAGCCCGGAGGCGGCGGCUGUAGCUGCUGCUCAGCCUCAUCCCGGCCGUGCUGCAGGCUCCCGUGGGCACGGAAGACGCCCGGAACAAAGAAGAAAUUCACCUGCCCAGGACUUGGCCUGUUUUAUACCAUAUUGUCUGCCUUCCUUUUCUCAGUGGCUUCUUUAUUUCUUAAAAAAAUUGAAGAUGUACAUUCAGUGGAAAUCAGUGCAUUUCGAUGUGUUUUCCAAAUGACAUUUGUUCUUCCUGGUUUAAUAUACUACAAAACAGGUUUUUUGGGACCAAAAGGUAAACGAGUUUUUCUUUUCUUUCGAGGAUUCCUUGGCUCUGGUGCAAUGAUUCUUCUCUACUAUGCUUUCCAAGUAAUGCCUCUAGCUGAUGCCACUGUUAUAACUUUCAGCAGUCCAGUUUUUACAUCAUUGUUAGCCUGGAUAUUUCUCAAGGAGAAAUACAGCCUUUGGGAUCUUCUUUUCACUCUCUUUACAAUCACUGGAGUGGUGCUUAUUGCAAGACCUCCUUUUCUAUUUGGAUCCAGUAUUACAGGGAUUGAAGGAAGCUAUACAAAUCAUCUUAAAGGAACAAUAGCUGCUGUUAUAAGUGCAGUAUCAACAGCUUCAACUUUUGUUAUAUUAAGAAAGAUGGGAAAAUCUGUGAAUUAUUUUUUGUCUAUUUGGUAUUAUGCAGUAAUUGGAUUAAUUGAAUGCAUUGUAGCACUGUUUGUAAUAGAUGAAUGGACUUUACCAUAUUGUGGUACAGAUAGAUUUCUCCUAAUAUUAAUUGGACUGUUAGGGUUGGGUGGUCAGAUAUUUCUCACAAAAGCAUUACAGAUAGAGAAGGCUGGUCCUGUUGCCAUAAUGAAAACAAUGGAUGUGGUGUUCGCUUUUAUCUUACAGAUUCUUUUUCUCAAUCAUCUGCCAACUUGGUGGACGGUGGGUGGUGCCCUUUGUGUAGUAGCCAGUAGCUCUGGAACUGCCAUUCGUAAGUGGCAACAAAAUUCAAAAAAGACUAAAGAAAAUGAAAUCUAGCAAAUCAGACACUGUUUUGUUACAGAAAUAAAGAUAAGCAUCAUAAUCUUGAAAAAAUAUAUUUUAUAGUAAGAUAUUUUAUUUAAAAUAUUUCAUUUAUUUAACUCUAUUACCAAAUUCUCCCCAAGAAAAGUAGUCAGCUGACUUUCAAGCAGCAUAGCAGAUGUUUUAACUAGCUGGUUCUGCAUAUGCUACUCAGUGUCAUACUGAGCAAGGCAUUGGUGUAUUUUCAGAGAUCUUGCUGUCUCUGUUUCCUGAUUGCUAUCUUAUACAGGCGGUAACUGUCUACAGAAGCUUAUAUUUUUCUUUCCCACAAACUAGUGUUGUUCUGUAAAAAUUUUGGGCCUUAUUCUCCAUUUCUUACAUCUUGUAUGGUCACUCAUCUUUAAAGUGGGAGUAAAAGUCUAUCAUUCUAAUGUUGUAGUUUGCAUUCACAUACUACAAGUAUAACUGAAUAGAAUAGGAGCAAGGCAGUGGAGUCUAAUUAUUUUUUCUUCACUCUAUACAAGUUUUUUAUUUUUAAUCUUACAGGUGUUUAGUGACAGUUUCAUGAAUACACUUGCUCCAAGAAGUUAGGGCCCCAUUCAGCAAACAGAAACAACAACAAAAUAAUCCAGCUUCUGUACAACGGACGUGCGAGGCUAACUUUUAAUUUAAAGUGACUUUCCCAAUAGACCAAGUCACAUUGACUUACUACUUCUUUAGUUGCUACAAUUUCAGUGAUGAAAGAAAAUGGUUCUUAGUAUAGCCCAGUCAAGGCUCCUUCCCCACUCUGAACUUUAGGGUACAGAUGUGGGGGCCUGCAUGAGAACUUCUAAGCUUAACUACCAGCUUAGAUCUGGUCCGCUGCCACCAUUCCCAAUGUGCUAA